AAGCAAUGGUAAUGGAGAAGCCUAGUCCCCUGCUGGUCGGGCGGGAAUUUGUGAGACAGUAUUGCACCCUGCUAACCCAGGCCCCGGACAUGCUGCAUCGAUUUUAUGGAAAGAACUCUUCCUAUGUCCACGGGGGAUUGGAUUCAAAUGGAAAACCUGCAGAUGCAGUUUAGACAGAAAUUCAUAGGAAAGUGAUGUCACAAAACUUCACUAACUGCCACACCAAGAUCCUCCACGUUGAUGCACAUGCUACCCUGAAUGAUGGUGUGGUGGUCCAGGUCAUGGGACUGCUCUCUAACAACAACCAGGCUUUGCGGAGGUUCAUGCAGACGUUUGUCCUUGCUCCUGAGGGCUCAGUUGCAAAUAAAUUCUAUGUUCAUAAUGAUAUCUUCAGAUACCAAGAUGAGGUCUUUGGUAGCUUUGUUACUGAGCCUCAGGAGGAAUCUGAGAAAGAAGUAGAAGAGCCUGAAGAAAGGCAGCAGAUGCCCGAGGCUGUACCUGAUGAUUCUGGUACUUUCUAUGAUCAGACUGUCAGCAAUGACCUGGAAGAACAUUUAGAGGAAACUGUUGCUGAGCCAGAACCUGAUCCUGAACCAGAACCAGAGCAAGAACCUGCACCUGAAAUCCAAGAAGAAAAGUCUGAACCUGUUUUAGAAGAAGCUGCUCCUGAGGAUGCUCAGAAGAGUUCUUCUCCAGCACCCAGAGACAUAGCUCAGACAGUACAGGAGGACCUGCAGACAUUUUUUUGGGCAUCUGUGACCAGUAAGAACCUUCCUCCUAGUGGAACUGUUCCUGUUACUGGGAUACCUCCUCAUGUUGUGAAAGUACCAGCAUCACAGCCUCGUCCAGAAUCUAAACCUGAAUCUCAGAUUCCACCACAGAGACCCCAAAGGGAUCAAAGAGUGAGAGAACAACGAAUAAAUAUUCCUCCUCAGAGGGGACCCAGACCAAUUCGUGAAGCUGGGGAGCAAAGUGAUGUUGAACCUCGGAGAAUUGUGAGACAUCCGGACAGCCACCAACUCUUCAUUGGGAACCUGCCUCAUGAGGUGGACAAAUCAGAACUCAAAGAUUUCUUUCAAAACUAUGGGAAUGUGGUGGAGCUGCGCAUAAACAGUGGUGGGAAGCUACCCAAUUUUGGCUUUGUCGUGUUCGAUGAUUCUGAGCCUGUGCAGAAGGUCCUUAGCAACAGGCCCAUGAUGUUUAGAGGUGAAGUCCGUCUGAAUGUGGAAGAGAAGAAGACUCGUGCUGCCAGGGAAGGGGACCGUUGAGACAACCACUUGUGGGGACCUGGAAGUCCCAGAGGUGGGCUGGGUGGUGGCAUGAGAGGCCCUCCCCGUGGAGGAAUGGUGCAGAAGCCUGGCUUUGAAGUAGGAAGGGGGAUUGCUCCGCGGCAGUGAAUCGCUCUUCUCCCAGCUUCACCAAGAGAACCCAGCUCCUGUGGAUGGGUGAAUUUCUUCAGCGAGCCUUCGGUGGCUGGGAGUGUGACCCCAGUCUGUUAUAAACUGCUUCAGUUUGUACAAUUUUCCUUCUUUUGUAUUGGUGGUGUGUGCCUCCUUCCUUUUUCCUCUUUCUCUUGGCCUUUCAGUCCUUCACUUCCAAUUUUGUGGAAUGGUGUUUUAGGAGUAACAGAUUUUUAAAGAAUAAAAAAAGACUGAAUUUCCUUGCUUACUUUGCAUACACAGACUGGAUUUUUUUUAAACAGCCAUUUCCCCAA